AUGGGUGCCCACGCUCCCGUCUCGUCGACCACUGUCUCCGUGGUUGAGAUAAAUAAAACGCCCCUUGCCUCUUCCAACCCACCACCACCUCCCUCGCAGAAGCCCACAUUCCUGCCGUCUUCGCCGGUGCCUUCACCGACUCUCCUGGAAUCGAGCCCAUCAUCGUCACCCUUCCCCUCACCUUCGUCAGAGAAAGAGAAAGCUGGCCUAGCGGGCGGCCCAAGCCACCCUGUCUCAGUCUCGAUUACCCCUUUUCCAGCACCACUAAGCCCCACCAAGCAGUAUACCCUUUCCCAUUCCCACUCGCACUCGUCUAACACGUCAACCGCUGUUGGAAGACAGUCGAGAGGCGUCAUGGCCCCCUUUGCCAACAUGUCGCACCCCAUGCGCACGAACCUCGUGUUUGGGAUAGGCGAGUUUGUGGGAACUUUCCUGUUCUUGUUCUUUGCCUUUGCUGCGACGCAGGUGGCCAACACGGCUCCGGCCAAUGCUGGAGGACUACCCUCGACGAGCAACUUGCUGUACAUCUCGCUGGCGUUUGGAUUCAGUUUGAUGGUCAACGUCUGGGCGUUCUUCCGUGUUACUGGUGGUGCUUUCAAUCCUGCUGUCACGCUAGCACUUGUCAUGGUCGGCGGUUUCCCCAUCGCUCGUGCUGCCAUUGUCAUUGUUGCUCAGAUCCUGGGCGCCACUGCGGCUGCCGGGUUGGUUCAAGUGAUGUUCCCCGGCCCCUUGGCUGUCGAGACCACCCUGGGCGGCGGAGCGACUGCUGUUCAGGGCUUCUUCAUUGAGCUGUUCUUGACAUGCGAGUUGGUCUUUGUCAUCUUGAUGAUGGCGGUUGAGAAGCACAGCGCGACGGUAUCGGCUCCGGUAGCCAUUGGCUUGGCUUUGUUCCUGGCCCACUUAGUCGGCGUCUACUUUACCGGCGCCAGUCUCAACCCUGCCCGUUCCAUCGGCCCGGCCAUUGUCAACCGCCACUUUCCCACACACCACUGGAUCUACUGGCUGGGCCCCGCGCUCGGUGCUCUCCUGGCUUGCGGGUUCUACAAGCUGUUGCAUGCCCUCAAGUACAACGACGUCAACCCGGGUGCGGAUGACUUUGGUCAGGCCGAUCUCGAGGCGGGUGCUCGCGAUCAGGAUGGAUUGAAGCACAGUCCUACCGCUACGCGACCCAGCGCUAAUGGCGAGACGGCCGCGCUCAAUAACCAGCCUGCUCAGGUACCAAGGGAGUUGUGA